AAUAUUCAGAUAUUUCUUAAAUUUACUAAAUUCUACUAUCGAUUUAUACAGAACUACUCCAAGAUUGCUAUAUUAUUAAUCAAUCUUUUGCAAAGCAGCAGCAUAGGCAUAAUUAUGCUCUCGAACUGCAUUCGAGUAGCUUUCAAAACUCUAAUCAUACUCUUUAUAAUAGCUUCAUUGCUAUGCUAUUAUAAUGCUGCAUUAUUAACAAGAGUUGAAACGAAUGCUUCUGCUUUCGCUAUAAGAGCUGUGCUAGCUUAG